UGUGUAAGAACGUUGUUCCAUCGGAUUCCAGGGAAGCUCGCCAUCUUUGAAGACGAACAGGCUGACGACCUUUCUUUGUUUUCACAUCUGACCUAAACGUUAAACCUACAUUAUCAACCGUAAUACUAUUAAAUGAAGAUGCGCCAUUCAAAGCGAAUGCGCUCCCCAGGCGUUUGGCUUGAUGAGUACAGCUGGGAGGAGAGAAUGGAGUGUCGUAAACGAAGAAAACGGGACUCUCAUAGUAGUGAGAGAGAAAAUCAGUCCCGGAGAAGUCAUCGUUACCACAAGAUGUUUGAGGGACAGUACCUGGAGACCCGCAGUUUGAACCAUAGACUGGACUCACGGGAAGGACGCACGAGGGACCGCAGUUUGAACAUGGCCUGUGAAGACAACAGUCGGGAUGGCACCUGCAGAGACCAAGAAGUAGACUGGCACCACUAUAGCAAGUCCUCCGGACGUAGUGGUCGCAGCAGGCGAAGCAGCCGCAGGCAUAGAGACAGAAGACGCAGACGUAGCCACUCUCGUCCCAGGUCCUCCACGAGGAGGAGCCAUCACCGCAGGAGCAGGAAAAGAUCCAGGAGUGUUGUGGAUGAUGACGAGGGUCACCUCAUCUAUCACAGUGGAGACAUGCUGAGAGCGAGAUAUGAGAUUGUGUGUACUCUAGGAGAGGGUGCCUUUGGGAAGGUCGUCGAAUGCAUUGAUCACUCUAAUAUUGGAGCUAGAGUGGCUCUGAAGAUCAUUAAAAACAUAGAUCGCUACCGAGAGGCAGCGAUGUCUGAGGUAGAGGUGCUUAAACAGUUAAAGUCCCUCGAUUUGGAAAAGAGAUAUGCCUGUGUACACAUGCUGGACUCUUUUGACUACCACGGCCACGUUUGUAUUGCCUUUGAGCUGCUUGGCCUCAGCACCUAUGAUUUCCUAAAGGAGAACAACUUCCAACCUUUCCCUGUAGAUCACAUCAGGCACAUGGCGUACCAGAUCAUCCGGGCAGUGAAAUUUCUGCAUAAGAACAAGCUGACUCACACAGAUCUGAAACCUGAAAAUAUUCUCUUUGUCGACUCACGAUAUGAUAUGGAGUACAACCCCGACAUGAAACGGGAUGAACGAACAUUGAAGAACCCAGAUGUGAAAUUAGUGGAUUUUGGUAAUGCCACAUAUGAACACGAACACCACACAUCUGUGGUGUCCACGCGUCACUAUCGCGCUCCUGAAGUCAUUUUAGAUCUGGGCUGGGAUCAUUCCUGUGAUGUCUGGAGCAUAGGCUGUAUACUCAUUGAAUACUACCUUGGAUCUACUCUCUUCCAGACCCAUGACAGCAAAGAGCAUCUUGCUAUGAUGGAAAGAGUCCUGGGCCCCAUCCCAGUAAACCUCCUGCAGAAAACCAAGAAACAGCGGUAUGUUCACCGAUGCAAGCUUGACUGGGAUGCGCACAGUUCUUCAGGGAGAUAUGUCCGAAAACACUGCAAACCUUUAAAGCAUUACCUUUCAUCGAAGGGUGAAGACCACCAGCAGCUGUUUGACCUGAUAGAGAAGAUGAUGGCGUAUGACCCAGCUAAGAGACUCAGUCUGGAACAGGCUCUACAGCAUUCCUUCUUCUCAGUCUACAGCAGCAAGAGUAGAAGCAGCAGCAAGAGCAGCAGCAGUAACAGCAAAAAAGACUGAACUCAUGAACAUGUAAACCUCUGACCUGUAAACUCGGGUCAGGGCUCAGCUGUCACCAUGAUGUUUAUCAUGAUGCUCAGUGCCAGCCUCUACUUGCUGACUCUCCAGGAGAGGUGAACUUUGACUGUAUCAGUCCACUGCCCUGCUUUACUGUGUCUUGUUGUAAACUAGUGUGUUUUUCUUAGUGUAACUCAUCAAUAAGUUGUGUUUUCCUUUGGCAUGUUUUGAUGUAAUGAAUCCUCUGGUGAUUUCUAUUUAUUCACUUCUGUAAUUUAAUUGGUUGCUCCUACGCAAUUACUGGUGUAUGUGUUUUAAUUCAGGAACAGCCCAGUUUUGUCCAUUUUCUCUAUGCAUUGUCAAAGGGCGAAUGGGUAACGUAGCAGAUUGGUAAUUGCUUUACCUUGCAUCAGUCCCACAAGUAAUUUAUGCAGCGUUUCAGAUGCAAAAAAAAAAGCUUUCCAGGGCAGAAAAUCCUUGUACAUAAAUUUUGUUCAGAUGUGGUUUUUUUUCCACUUUCUGGUUAUGUGACUUUUGCAGUAUCAUGUACACUUUUCAAUAAACGUGAAUAGACGAUAA